AGGGAGGGCCUGGGAAAACUAAGCUGCUCUUAUACAGGGCUGGCAGCUGCUGCCAGGGGGCGGGGGAUGGGACUCAGUCCCCUGAGAUCCCAGGGAUACAGCACUAAAAUAAGGAAAGAAGGGGAUCAUACUGAGCAGCCUAUUGGUAACCUGUAACUGGCGCUAGCAGAGUGACAGCUGAGGGGAUUCCUACUCACUGUGCCGGAGGGAUUACCAGGAAACACAAGGUCUCUAUGCAAAAAGUUUAGGAUGGAUAUUAACAUUAGGUAACCGGACAGGUUGUGGGAAAAGUAUUAAUGUGGCCAUUGUUGAAUCAACAUCCUAAAUAAGAGAAUUUACAAGAAGAUUUUAACGAGAAGUAUCCAUGGAGACUAUAACAAAACCACCCACUGGGAAAAAAUUAAAGGCACGAGCACCCCCUCCACCUGGCCAGAAUACUGCUCCAAAGUUGACAAUGGAGCACAGGUCAUUUUCAGACCCAGAAGCAACAGGCUACCAAAGCUCAGACGAACGGAAGGAGAAUAUGUUGAAUAAGAAGAUUGAUCUCACUGUCCGGUUACCUGGAGGGCAAGAAAAAUUAGUCAACGUAGAUGGAAAUAAAGCAGUGAUGGACCUAUUGGUAGAUUUGUGCAGCCAGUAUCACCUGAACCCAGCCCAGUAUACAUUAGAAGGAACGCAUAGCUUGUCACAGCAGCCUUUGACUUUGCGACCAAACACUUUAAUUGGAACUCUGGAUAUGCAAAGUGUGUGCCUGAAGGAGAAAAUUACUGAAGUGAAGAGCAAGAAGCCUGCUCCAAACAUCCCUGAGAAAACUGUCCGGCUAGUUGUGAAUUUUCUUGCUACCCAGAAGGCUGUAGUGAGAGUUAGCCCAGCUGUGCCUUUAAGGAGCAUCCUUCCAGCUAUAUGUGAGAAGUGCGAGUUUAAAAAUGAACAUGUCACUUUGCUAAAGGAUGCCAUCAGCAAAGAGGAACUGGAUAUGUCAAAGUCACUUGAUGAGCUGGGUAUAAAGGAACUAUACGCUUGGAACACUAAACAAGGUAACAUGGCACGCCUACGGCCUACGGCUGAGCACCAACCCACUGAGUUGAUUUCUAUUAACGUUAAAGGUAUUAAUAGCCCAGGGAAACGAAACCUUUCGACCAGCAGUGACCUUACGGAAAAAGAAAGCAAAGGGAUUUUGGGAUUUUUUCGUAGCUAUAAGAAAACCAAUAAGAUAGAACACAACACUGGGUCUGUGGAUAAUAUUGACGAAUAUGAGGAUGUGUUUCAGCCAGCUUCCUUCAGUGGAAACCGGUUUGAGGGCUUUUCAACUGCUCCUAGUUCCCCUUAUGUGAAUUCCCAUCCAUUUAAAAUGGGUAAUUCAAAGUCGCUUAAUAAUAUUUCUGGAAUCGACACUAAAGCAGAAAUGAAAAAACGCAGGGCACCACCCCCACCCUCUGCUGCCCAUCAAGCAUCUGUUGAGAAGGUUUCAGAAAGCAAGACAACCGAUCAGCUUUAUGACACUCUCCAAAAUGAUCAGAAAAAGAAAAGGAGGGCACCCCCACCACCAACUCCCCCAAUGCCAAAUGAAAAGACAGAAGAUAAAGAGGAGAACAGAAAAAGCAGUACAGGUAAUGGACGUCAGGUGCCACAAAAGCCCCCACGAGGCAACACACGAAGUCCACCCCACUUAGUGAUACCCCCUCCCCCACCCUACCCUCCGCCUGACCAUGAUAUUACGGACCCGCCUGUAGUUGAAAAUGGAGCAGACGUGACAGAACCAACCCAGUUUGUGCCCAUCCCUGCUAAACGUGGAAAACGCUUGGCACGUAAUAGCAGUGUAUCUUCUGAGGAAAUUUUAACAGUGGAUCCCAAAGUAAAAGAAGACACAGGAUCUCUGAAUAGCUACACAGAAGAUUCAGGCAUGGUGAGCUCACCUUCUGAUAGUGUCUCUCUCGAUUUGCAAAACGAGAACAUAAGGCGUAAAGAGUCAGUGGCAGAAUCAAAUGUAACCUACAACAGCCACACACGAAGUGACUCUUAUAACAGUGAUGACUCAUGGAGCCUGCAAACAAGUUCAAGCAAAAAGGAUGAAGAAGUGACUUUUGUCAAAAAUGGAGAUGAAGAUAACUAUAUUGCUGCCCAGUUCCAUGAUACAUUGGCAGAACUAGAAGAUGAUUCAGAAGAUUUAGAUGAAUCAGAAGAUGCUCCUAGCAAUUAUGCAAGUUCUUUAUCAAGCCCUGCCAGUGAAAAUUAUAAUUCUUAUAAGAAUGUAAGGACAGAUGCUACAGUUCCAGUGACCAUAAUUGAUGAAAUUCCUGAUGUAAACAUUGACAGUUUAAAAUAUGCUCCAGACAAGAGCUUACCGCAAAAAGAAGACAUAAAGCCAGAAACAAAAAUUGUGAAUUCAAAAGUAGAAGACAAGAAAAAUAAUAAUUUUAUUUUCUCUUCUAAUGGUGAAAGUUUGGAAAGUAGAAAUAUUAAUUCAUAUAAUAACUUAACAUCUGAUUCAUCCAAAGCAGAUUCUCCUGUAUUAAAAACUCCUGAAGAUGCAAUAAAGCGAUCUUUAUUGAGAAAUAAUUACAAGCCCAUUGUUAGCGCCAACCAUGAAAAUGGUAGUGAUUUUAGAAAAAUCCAAUCACCUGUGUCGCCUUCUACAGACAAGCCAAGGCUUGAAAUACAUUUGAAAAAGGAAAACGAUACACAAUUGCUUGAAAACAAACAAAAAGUACAAAGCAACUUGAAAACAGAAAUAGCACAAGUUCCUGCAUUGCACAAUACUGCUAACAACUCAGCAGAACCCGCUAAACCUCACUUAUGGAGGCAGUCAUUAUAUGAACCAAAAGCUAAGGGAGGCCUGACAACUUUUACUGUUGUUCCACCCAAACCAGGAGUAAAACAGUAUGACAGAGGAGCUUCUCUAUCAGCAAGUGCCAUUAAAAUUGAUGAUCUUGGGAAUCUUAUUAGUCCACAUUCAUCAGUUGAUAAGAAACAUAAAGAUAAUAAUUCUGAAAAUGAGUUUGAAGGUCCCCUUGUAGAGAAAGCAAAAGAAUUUUGGAGGUCAAAUUCUAUGGAUGCACAGAUAGUUGAAUCUAAAGAGCAGUCCUUCAAAACAUUAGCAUCAGUCAAGGGUAAUAAACAAAAUAAUCUAGAACCAGAGAAGAAACUGAAUAGCCCUAAAUCCAAAGAAGUAACACCUCUGACAAUUGCUACUAAGCAGAAUGAUAGAAAUAAUAGUUUACAACAGACCAAGCUCCUCAAACCUUCAAUUGUUCCUCAAGAGAAGAUGAUAAUUAUAGAAACCACUAGCAAAGGAAAAUCAGAUCUGCCAUUCCAAAAGCCUCAUAAGAGAACGUCUAGUCAAUAUGUUGCAUCUGCAAUUUCCAAAUAUACAGAAACUUCAAAUAGUAAAUCUUUUGAGACGACUGAAUCCAAGGAGACAAAAUAUGAUACUAAAAGUUUGCCCAGACAAAAUAACAGAUAUAGUCUGAAUGCAGAUGAAAAAGAAGAAAGCAAAACUGUAGAAAAGCAAAAAACUAACGCUGAAUUGAAAGAAAUGUUUAACAGCAACAGGGUUGAAGAGAAAGACAAAAAUAACAAACCUGAACUAUUAAACAAAAGCAAAGUAGUCAAUGAUCAAACAAAAGUAAAUGUUAAAACAGAGAAAUUAUCUUCCGAGUCGCGCAAUUUCAAUGGACCACAAAAUAUUAUGGGAAAUAAAACUAUGACUAUAGUAGAAAAAAAGUCGGAAAAAACAAGCACUUUACAUUCUGGUGCACCUUCUCGUGAUCCCCAAGUUCGCUUUGCAUCUUCAUCUGGUUCCUCUACCAAUGCCUUUUUAAAAGCUGUUAGAGAAAAGUCUGAAAAAAUAGAGCAAGCAAAUUCAUUUGGGUUUAUGAAAGAUCAACUAAAACCUGUAGUUAUCAAUGAGAAGGAAAACAAUACAUUAGGGACCAAUAAAGAUUUAUCAAAACCUUUAACCACAAUUAAAAAAGAAAACUAUUCACUAGCUACUAACAAUGGGCCACUAAGACCCGUAAUCAUAAAAGAAAAGGAAGUCAACUCAUAUGUGUCCAAAAAGGAGUCACUGACUGUAAAUAUGAACAGUAAUGAAUCAAAAUCAGAUAGUGUAUCAUCCAAUACAAUAGAUGAACCAGAUUCUUCUGCUAACAGUGAUGUCUUUGGAACAAAAACAAAGUUCCGACCAGUGCUCCAGAAACCCCAGAUGAAAGAGGAGACAUUGCACUCUUCUCUUAUGGUAGCUAUACAGACUGGUGAAGCGAAAGAUAAGUUAAAGAAAAUUCAGAACACACCAGUAAAUGGUGAAAACAAAUAUGCUGAGCCAGAGAAUGAGCGAUCUGCGCUGCUGUCUGCAAUCAGAGCACAGGACAGCAUGUCAAGACUCAAAAAAGUAUCAUCUGCUGCAUCUGCUGAGCUCCAUGCUAUAAAAAAUGCAGACUCAUCAUCUAAAGAUGUUUCAGACUCCAACCCAAUGUCCAUUCCUCCUCCACCACUCCUUCCUCCACCACCACCACCACCAAUUGCUGUCCCAUCAGUACCUAAAUUCUCUCCAGCUGCUUCAAACAAUGCUGUAGAUCCAAGGGAAGAGUUAUUGGAAGCAAUCCGUUCUGGGGCUGGUGCUUCAAGAUUGAAAAAGGUCCCUCCUUCACUGUAUACUAAACGCUAUAAGAAGAAAUACUAAAAAAUAGUAAAGCAUACAGUCAGCGACACUCUAAAGAGGCCCAGAACUACAGAAGCCUGUGUGAUAUGUCUUGUCAACUGGCCAAAUGUUUUUUUUGUAUCUAAUUUUCUAUGUUUCUAAAUAAUGGUUCAAACGGGAAAACUGUUAUAUCGCUAUGCUGCACAACGUAUGUGCCAAGGGAAAUUCAACCAGACAUUGUCAAUAAAAUAUUCUUGUUGGAGUAUAGGCAAGAGAACUGAAUGCAAAGAAUGUAGUUAGUUUUAGUCAUGUUUCUUUGGAAUUAGCUUUGCAAAUUGGAUGUCAUAAAAAAGUAGCACUCUAUUCUUUGAUUGUUAAAUUAUUAUUAUUGCAAAACCAACUCAUUUUUAUUACAGUCUCAGGGCUCUCUGGUUCCUUUAUAGGUAUAGAUACUAUAUCAUGUGAUUAAACUUAUUGUGAGGCCUGUGCAUUUUCAGACCCAAACCAAUGAUCUAGACUGACACACAUUUAUGACAAAAAUAAAGUCUGUAGCACACAACAACAUACACUUAUCACACAAGAGUCACUGAAAAACACAAGUGGAGUGCCACAUAGCGUACUAUGUUUUCAUACUAUACUACAUACUUUCGUACUAUGUUUGCAAUAUACCCCAACAAGUGGCUACUCACUUGCAGAUGAACAACAACAAAAUGGUGUCUAUAAGCAGGCUGGGAGCCAGAGUACCUCAGCUAAUUCACUUCCAGCAGAGGUUUCAUAUUAAAGCUCAAA